AUGAAAAAUGGGUCAUCUACGUCAACACAGGAGACAGCUCAGUCAUCAGUUAUGACCGUAAUGACUGAAAACGAGGUUUUUUUGGCAACAGCAGUAGUAAUGGUAGCGGACAAGUUUGGCAAAUAUCACCAAAUGCGAGCCAUAUUAGAUUCUGGCUCUCAAGUAAAUUUGAUGUUCAGUCUGCAAUUUUAUGUUUUACCGAAAAUAACAAGCUCCAAACCUAAUCGUUAUGUCGAUGUUGCGGACUGGAAUUUACCAAAAAAUAUUCAAAUGGCUGAUCCAAUGUUCAAUAAGCCAGCGCGUAUAGAUAUUUUAAUUGGUGCGGAAAUUUUCUUCGAUUUGUUGUCGAUUGGACGAAUUUAUCUUAAUGAAAGGUUGCCAACCCUACAGAAAUCCAUACUAGGGUGGAUAGUUGCAGGCAAAGCAGAAGAAUGUUUAGCGCCUAGUCAUAAAAUAAAUAAUAUGCUGGUCAAUCACAACCAUAAUGAGAAUGAAAAUUUGAGUCAAUUGGUUGAAAAAUUCUGGAAAAUAGAACAGAUUUCAACUAAAUCAAAUUUUUUAACCGAAGAAGAAGAGGAAUGCGAGAAAAUUUUCCGUGAAUCAAUUCGUAGAGAUACAUCUGGCCGAUUUAUUACGAAAAUUUCAUUUAAAACAACAGUAAGUGAUUUGGGUGGUUCCUAUAAUGCUGCCAAACGACGGUUGCUGUCACUAGAGCGUAGGUUGAGUAGAGAUCGCUCUACACGAGACGCUUACAACGCAUUUAUGGAUGAGUACCUCUCUUUAGGUCACAUGACGAUCGUUGAAGAAGCUGAUAUGGAUAAGAUAAAAUAUUUUGCACCGGUAUGUCACUGUAAAACUGACAGUGGCUUGUCAUUAAAUGAGGUAAUGAUGAAAGGACCACUGGUUCAAGAUGACCUGUUAUCUAUAAUACUGCGAUUUAGAUGUUACAAAUAUGCAAUUACGGCAGAUGUAACAAAAAUGUAUCGCCAAGCAUGGGUGACUGAUGAUGAUGCGAAUUAUCAAACGAUUUUGUGGAGGUCUUCCUCAGACGAAAACAUAAAGGCCUAUUGCUUGCGAACCAUUACUUAUGGUACAACAUCUGCCCCCUAUUUAGCUACAAGAUGCUUAAAACAGUUAAGUGAAGAUUAUAUAGAUAAAUAUCCGAUUGGAUCGAGAAAAGUGUUAUCUGAUUUUUAUAUGGAUGAUUUGAUCAGUGGAUCAAACGAUGAAGAUAAAAUUUUUGAAAUAUAUAAUCAAGUAUCAGCAAUAAUGAACUCAGCAAAAUUUAAGUUAAGGAAGUGGUUUUCAAAUAGUGAAAAAUUUCUUAAUUUCGUACCUGAAGCUGAUAAAGAAAAGACUCUUCGGAUGAAUAAUGAGGAAAUAAUAAAAACUCUUGGUAUCAUCUGGGCUCCAGUGGGAGAUACGCUCGAAAGCGGUGACAAAAAGAAUAGUGUUGUCGGAACUAUCUAA